AUCUGCAGAAGGACCUGGCUUUAAUGUCUGUCAUUCUUGUAUGAUCUUUCAUUAAAGUCGAUUGGAUUCACAAGUUUCUGAGUUGAAGUGCUCUUUGUUUUAUUCGUUGUGGACUUGGGUUUUCCACGACAUAAUUGGCGAGCUAGCCAGGAGAUGGACAGAGACAGAGGUGCCUGACUGAACUGCCUGGGAGGAAUUGGACUGAGUUACACAAACGGUGGCCACAACAAAGAUAUUGUUGGAGAGCCUCAGGAAGUUGAAGUUGGUACAGGUCAGCAAGUGCAGAUGGGGAAAGCGGCAGACAGGCAGGAACAGUUACGGGAAGGGAUGGAGCGGAUAGUUCCAGAACAGUUGUGGUCUCAACAUGACACAGAUGUAGGACUUGUUAAGUCAGCUAGCCCUGUAUUUAUUAAAAUAAAGCCAGGGGCUAAGCCAGUAUGGAAAAGGCAGUAUCACAUGAAACCAGAGGCGGUGGCAGGUAUUGAGCCCACCAUUGAGGGUCUAGCAGAGGCAGACGUGCUCGAGGAAACAGUUAGCGAUUGUAACACACCUUUGUUCCCUGUUCUAAAAGCAGAUAAGCAGAAGUGGAGACUGGUUCAUGAUCUACGGCCCAUUAAUGACAUAGUGGAAGACUGCUUAGCUGAGGUCCCGAACCCCCACACACUACUAACCAACAUCCCUCCGGAGGCUAAGUUCUUCAGUGUUAUAGAUUUAUGUGGCGCCUUCUUCAGCGUUCCUUUGGCAGUAGAGUGUAGACAUUUGUUUGCUUUCACCUAUGGUGGUAAGCAAUAUAGAUAUACGAGACUGCCACAAGGGUUUAAACACUCCCCACACAUUUUCAAUCAGGUCCUCAAAGCAGACUUAGAGGAGCUUGUCCUGGAGGGAACACUACUUCAGUAUGUCGAUGACCUACUGAUAUGUGCUCCCACCUUGGAACAAUGCCAUGCAGAUUCCAUAAAGGUGUUGCAAAGAUUAGCUGAGGGGGGUCACAAAGUGUCACGAAAGAAGCUCCAAUAUUGUCAGACAGAAGUUGAAUAUCUGGGAAGAACCAUCGCUCACCAGACAAAAGCCAUCUCCCCAACUCAGUUAGAAGGAUUGAGUAGUGCACCACUUCCCCAAACAGUGAGUCAAAUGAUGACAUUCUUGGGAAUGACAGGGUUCAGUUCUGAUUGGAUAGAGGACUAUGCCCUUAAGGUUUCUCCUCUCAGGGGGCUUAUGAAAGAGGUGGGACAGCAGCAGCUCAGUGCCAAGUUGCACUGGAACUGUGAUGCUUUGGCAGCUUUUGAAACCAUUAAACAGGAUAUGCAGUCUGCUCCCGCUCUAGGAACACCUGACUACACGAAACCAUUCUUGUUGUAUGUUGCCAACAGGGCCGAGGGUUACGCUUCAGCAGUAUUAAUGCAGGACACGUGUAGUGGCAGGAGGAAACAACCCAUAGCGUAUUACAGCACGAAACUUGACUCAGUAGCACAAGGGUAUCCACCCUGCUAUCAAGGUCUAGCAGCGGUUCAAUAUGCAUAUGACAAAGCAUCCACCAUCACCAUGGGCUAUCCAGUAAUUAUUCACACCCAUCAUAAAGUAACGGAGCUGAUAGAGCGAGGAAAGUUUGUAUUGACUAAUGCUAGGCUUCUUGACUACUUGCCUUUGUUGACUUACCCUGACAUCACCAUUAAGAAAUGCACCACUGUAAAUCCAGCAGAAAGAAUUCCCCUGGAAUUUGAGGGAGAGCCUCAUGACUGUGUGGCCGAGUCAUUAACCUUUACCAGACUUCGACCCGACCUUCUCUCACUCCCCAUUCCGGGGGCAGAGGAAGAGUUAUUUGUGGAUGGUUCCUGUUACAGAGACAUAGACGGCAAUCACGCAGGAUUUGCUGUGGUCAGGAUGGACUCUCAGGGUCAAUUUCACACGAUCGUAAGUCAAACCUGUCCGCAACCGUGUUCUGCUCAACUAGCUGAACUCAAAGCGUUGACAGCUGCAUGCAGAGAAGGGGAGGGUAAAGUAGCUAACAUUUACACAGACUCUGCUUAUGCACACGGGGUAUGCAAUCUAUUUGGGGCUGUGUGGAAGCAAAGGGGCUUUAAGAAAACUGAUGGCUCACCGAUUCUGCAUCAUGAGCACAUCCAAGAUCUGAUGGGUUCGCUGUUGCUCCCACGCCAGGUAGCUAUCGUUAAAUGUCAGGCACAUAGGAAAGGCAACAGCUACAUAAUUCAGGGUAAUAACGCUGUUGAUGAGGCCGCUAAACUAGCAUCUAAGUGUCAUUCAGCUAUCCUAGCUCCCUUGAUAUUGGUUGAGGCAGCACCUGUUAUGUCUGAUGUGAUUCGCAUGCAAGAAAUGGCCAAUGUGUAUGAGAAACAGUUGUGGCUACAGAGGGGUGCUACCACUGAUGCUGCAGGCUUGUGGCGGACCCAUACGGGUCUCUUAGUGGCACCCACAGCUCUCCUUAGAAUUUUGAUCAAUAAUGCGCAUGGUUUUGACCAUUGCGCAAGGGGCGAGAUAAUGAGGAUGCUUACCCGCCAGGGGUUUUGGUCACCAUACAUGCAGGCGACGGUAGAUGUGGCCCUCGCAGAGUGUGCAGUAUGUGCAAAAAAUAAUAUAAGGAAGGGAAUGGUGACGCCAUUGGGUCACAUUCCUACACCUGAAGGACCGUUCAGACAUUUAGUCAUGGACUAUGUGGAUAUGAUCAGACCAAUCUAUGGAAAACGGUACAUGCUGGUGGUAAUUGACAGGUUUAGCAGAUGGAUAGAAGCAACUCCCUCGAAGGACCAGGGAGCAGGAACGGUAAUAAAGUUCCUGACAAGGGAGGUGAUGCCCAGAUUUGGUAUACCAACAGAAAUCAGUUCUGACAAUGGGUCAGCUUUUAUUCAGAGAACAUUGAAACAGGUGAUUCAACAUCUUAACAUCAAGCAGAGGCUAGGUUGUGUCUACCACCCCCAGUCCCAGGGAAUGGUAGAAAGAGCAAAUGGCACUCUGAAGGCCAAGAUCAGUAAAAUUUGUGCCAGUGCAGGAUUGAAUUGGGUUGAUGCUCUACCAAUAGCACUAAUGAGUUGUCGCAUGGAAACUAACAGAACCACGCAUCUAACACCGCAUGAAAUGCUUACGGGUCGACCCAUGCCAGUGCCUGUGCUUCGAGGCCCCCAUGAAGGGCCUCCGCUGGAGCAGUUGGAACUGGAAUUCAGAGAAUAUAUCAGACAACUAACUACUAUACAUGAGCUCAUUCACAAACAGGAAAAGGCGCGGGUCCCGGAGCCCGAGGACGAUCAGCCCAGGGCGGUGGUUCCAGGAAACCAGGUCUACAUCAAGGUCUACAGGAGGAGGUGGAACGAGCCAAGGAGAGAAGGCCCCUACAGAGUGACCCAGGCCACGACGACGGCAGUACGCGUAGAGGGCAGCGACACCUGGUAUCACCUCAACCACUGCACCAAGGUUCCACAAGGAGUGGGACAACAUGAGGAGGAUGAGAAUGCUGAUCUUCCAGGCGGGAGUGAAAGCCAAGAGGGGGAAGGCGUGGCACCCUCAGCACCAGAGGAACUGGUACCUCAGCCGGAGAAGUCUGAGCCCAGCAGAAAGGAACCAGACGUGGGAGUGGAGAAUGCUCAUGCUCAGUCUGCUGUUGACAGCUCUGGGGCUAUGGUCUGUGUUACAGAUUCCAGGGGAGAAUGUACAAACAACAACGGAGCAGAUCCUGCAAUUGGUGCCACCACAGAAGAGACCUAAGGGGGGCCACGCCCGCCCGACACCAGUAGGAGACAACACCUUACCGCUGGUCUCACCGACUUUGACUAACACAAUUUCAUUUAUUUCUGACUCUAGUAGCCCCGACACAGACCUUGACAGGAGGAAUGAGGUAUGUACAGCAGCAUUGUUAGCGGGGAUAUUGCCCCACCGUCUGGUGAUUGCAGACGUAGAAAUCACAGUCUACAUUAACACAGUUGGAUUUGGUACCAAGAAUGAAGCUAUAUGGUUAGGAAGGGUAGAAGAAAGUAGGGAACAAU